GAUGAUUUCUUGAUUUUGGCCGACAAUAAUUAAAUUGACUCAACAAUUGAAAGACACGUGGAAGGGCAGAAGCUUUUCGUUGGAGGGGCAGCUGCCCCCCUGCAGCUGCGUCCCUGUGUAAUAAACCAAUCAUAUUUGGAUUCCUUACCACAGCAUGACCCACAAAUUGAAAAGUGUAUCUUUGCCUCCCUGCAGGUCAUCAGUAGUCUGUCAUUAAUCCCAAUGGAAUUCUAUCGGAUUCAUGUUUGAAGUAAGUCAUCCGGGCUCUACAAAGGCGCGUUUUAUUCCAUUCCUUUCGUCAAUGACCACGUGAAUAGCAGCUGGGACUCAGCGUACCAGGAUCUCUUGAAGGUAGCAUCCCUGUACCGGAGGCAGAGGGAAGAGACGCACCGUGGAGAGCGCACCGCGCACGGGGGGGAAAGCUGCGCAUCUCCUCCGCUUCCUGACUACAAAAGGGAUCUUUGUGCUGACUAUUUUUGAAAUUCAUUUCUCAAACUCUUUGGACCUUUAGAGUGAACUAAGCGAUUGUUUCAAACCUAAUGAUGCAUCUCUGGUUGGGCUCCAGAACACGGGGAAGGAAUGACAAGUGAUGCUCACUGGAAAGACGAAUCAGAGAGUGAAUAAAGUAAUGAAUCUCUCCUCUUUCAGGCGGUAAAAAUGCUCAGUUCCCGCAGUUUGUGAGAGGGUGGAAGGAAGAAGAGGAAGAUUUCACAGAUGCAAGAGGACGAUUAUUCUAAAAAAAAUCCAGAACCGUUUUUGAGACGCUGGUGCGGGGGAAAAAACGCAAUGAAGGAAGAAGACAAGUGCGGUUUUUAUACAUUUCUUCAUUGAAUUGUAGUCGUUGAGGACGGGAGGAGCACAUACAGGCUGCAACACGACACAGACUGGGGAAUACAUAAAGAAGAAGAAAAAAAGGCUGAAUUCUUCAGAAUGAAGGGGCAUGGAAGUGUGGGUUUGAAGAUUCCCUUCCCUCUGCAUCACUUUUUUGGGAUGGAGCAGGAGGGAACAGAGACAUAAGCCACUGACUGACGACAAUCAUCGCUGGCGGAAAGACAACCUGUGCGCCAGCCCCCGCUGCCCCCUCUGCGUCUGUCUGUGGGCUGAAUUCAUCUUUACGGAUCUGAAGGAUUUAUCCAGUCUAUGUUUGAAGGGGGGGAGGCAAAGAAAACGCACGCGGGUGUCCCCCCUCCCCUCUUUCUCUCUCUCUCUCACUAUCUUUCCCCCUUUUUUUUCUGGAUGUGAGGCAGCAUGCGGCCCGGUGAGAGCUUAGAGGGCUCGCGCUCGGCUCACGGAGGAUGCAUGGGUGUUAGUAACCUGACUCAUAGCGGCGCGGACCGCUGUCUCGCGCACCUCUCGAGGAGGACGCAGAGGGUGACGGCGAAGACAGGAGCGCGAGGAACGAAAGGGAGAAUGACGGCGAUGCGCUGUUUUCUGUGGAGUCUCGUUAUGAGCUCGUUGUCUUUGCGAGCGGAAGGGUUCAUCUACACUUGUGGGGGAACACUGAAAGGACGAAAUGGCAGUAUAGAAUCGCCCGGCUUUCCCUAUGGGUACCCCAAUGGAGCGAAUUGUACCUGGGUCAUUGUUGGAGAGGAAGGGAGUAGGAUCCAACUCAUCUUCUUGUCAUUUGCAAUAGAAGAAGAAUAUGACUUCCUCUCCUUGUACGAUGGUCACCCACAUCCUGCCAACUUCAGAACCAGGUUAACAGGUUUCCAGAUACCUCCUCCGGUUACCAGCACAGGAAACAUCUUCUCUUUGAGACUUACAAGCGACUUCGCUGUAUCUGCCCAUGGCUUCAAACUUAACUAUGAAGAGCUCCACAGUACAUCAUGUGGGAAUCCUGGUGUCCCACCUAAAGCAUUACUAAGCGGCAGCGGUCGUUUUGCAGUAGGAGACCGCGUGCAGUACAGCUGCGUCCCUGGUUACGUCUUGGAUGGCCACGCCACGCUCACCUGCAUCACCAAUGCAGGAAACAUUGCCGUUUGGGACUUUCCUGCCCCUAUCUGUCGAGCUGAGGACACAUGUGGGGGCACUGUGAGGGGCGGCACUGGGGUGGUGACCAGUCCAGGUUACCCCGGCAACUAUGGUAACCAAGCCGACUGUACUUGGAUCCUAUUGGCCGAACCUGGAGACACCAUCUCUGUCAUCUUUACAGACUUCCAGACUGAGGAAAAGUAUGACUACCUUGAAGUAGAGGGAUCUGAACCACCAACAAUCAUGUUGUCGGGCACCAAUGUCCCAUCACCAAUCGUUAGUAAUAAGAACUGGCUCCGACUUCACUUUGUGACAGAUGGCAACCACCGUUAUAGAGGUUUCAGCGCUCAUUAUCAAGUGAAGCGAUCAGUAGAUUUUAAAUCUCGGGGCGUUAAAUUAUUUCCUGGCAAAGACUCCAGCAACAAGUUUUCAAUAUUAAAUGAAGGGGGUGUGAGACAAGCAUCUAAUUCGUGCCCAGAUCCAGGGGAGCCAGAGAAUGGAAGACGACAUGGCAGUGACUUCAGCAUUGACAGCACAGUGCAGUUCAGUUGUGGAGAGGACUAUGUACUUCAAGGCAGCAAAUCCAUCAGCUGCCAGAGAGUGGCAGAAGUUUUUGCAGCCUGGAGUGACCACAGACCAGUCUGCAAAGUGAAGACAUGUGGCAGCAAUCUUCAGGGGCCGUCAGGGACCUUUACAUCUCCAAACUUUCCGACCCCAUAUGAGAGCAAUUCACAGUGUGUGUGGAUCAUCACAGCAUCAAAUCCUAACAAGGUGAUUCAGAUCAACUUCGAGGACUUUGACCUGGAAAUAGCAUACGAUACUCUAACAAUUGGAGAUGGGGGAGAAGUGGGAGAUCCUACAACAAUCUUGCAAGUCCUGUCGGGAAGCUUUGUGCCUGACCUGAUCGUGAGCAUGACCCACCAGAUGUGGCUGCAUCUUCAGGCUGACGAGAGUGUUGGGUCUGUAGGAUUUAAAAUCAACUAUAAAGAAAUAGACAAAGAGAGUUGUGGCGACCCAGGAACUCCUCUCUAUGGAAUAAGAGAGGGAGACAGCUUUUCCAAUGGGGGAAUUCUGAGGUUUGAGUGCCAGUUUGGCUUUGAGCUGAUUGGAGAGAAGAUUAUCUCCUGCCAAGAUAACAACCAGUGGUCGGCAAACAUCCCUAUAUGCAUAUUCCCCUGCAUGUCCAACUUCACAGCUCCCUCAGGAACCGUCCUCUCCCCGGAUUACCCAGAAGGUUACGGGAACAACAUGAAUUGCGUCUGGCUCAUUCAAUCAGAUCCAGGCUCAAGAAUACACUUGGCAUUUAAUGACUUUGACCUCGAGGCACCUUACGAUUCCCUGACUGUGAAGGAUGGAGAGACAAAUGAAGCUGCUGUCAUUGGGAGGUUCUCUGGAGCUGAGAGUCCUUCCCAUCUGACGUCUAACACCAACACACUGAGGCUAGAGUUUCAGGCUGAUCACUCCAUGUCUGGAAGGGGAUUUAACAUUACAUACAGUACAUUUGGCCACAACGAGUGCCCCGAUCCCGGCAUUCCCAUCAACGCUCGGCGAUUUGGUGACAGCUUUCAGCUGGGUAGCUCCAUUUCUGUUGUAUGUGAGGACGGUUUCAUCAAAACCCAAGGAACUGAGACCAUUUCCUGUCAGUUAGAAAAAGGAAAAGUCAUGUGGAGUGGGCCUAUUCCUAAAUGUGAAGCACCAUGUGGAGGCCACUACUCAGCCCAGACUGGAGUGAUUCUUUCUCCUGGAUGGCCUGGAUACUACAAAGAUUCUCUCAACUGUGAAUGGGUGAUUGAAGCAGAGCCUGGGCGCUCCAUCAAAGUUACAUUUGACAGGUUCCAAACAGAGUUGGGUUAUGACUUCCUCGAGAUCCACGACGGGCCAAACCUCUUAUCUCCUCUGAUUGGUUCCUUCAAUGGCACCCAGGUGCCCCAGUUUCUGUUCAGCACCAGCAAUUUCCUUUACCUGCUGUUUACCACCGAUAACAGCCGAUCCAACGCUGGCUUUAAAAUACUCUAUGAAAGCGUUAUGGUUGACAGCUACUCCUGUCUGGACCCUGGUAUACCUGUCAAUGGUAUUCGGUAUGGACAGGAUUUUUCUAUUGGAUCAACAGUGUCAUUUGGCUGUGAUUCAGGCUACAGACUAAGCCACGAGGAGCCUUUGGUGUGUGAAAAGAACCAUUGGUGGAGCCACCCGUUACCCACAUGCGAUGCACUGUGUGGUGGGGAUGUUAGAGGUCCGUGGGGAACUAUCUUGAGCCCUGGCUAUCCAGACAGCUACCCUUCAUCUCUCAACUGUACCUGGACCGUUGAAGUCAGCCAUGGGAAAGGAGUUCAGUUUCAGUUCCAUUCUUUUCAUCUGGAGGACCAACAUGACUACCUCCUGGUUACUGAGAACGGGAGUUUCCUGCAACCACUGGCUCGUCUGACUGGCAAUGAGUUGCCUAGCAACAUCAAUGCGGGUCUCUAUGGAAACUUCAAAGCCCAACUACGAUUCAUCUCUGACUUUUCCAUUUCAUAUGAAGGCUUCAACAUAACUUUCUCAGAAUAUACUCUGGAGCCAUGUGAGGACCCCGGUAUGCCACAGUUUGGUCGAAGAAAUGGCUACACUUUUGGGGUUGGAGACACUUUGUCUUUUUCCUGCAAUGUGGGAUACCGCCUUGAGGGGGCGCCAGAGUUGGUCUGUCUUGGUGGUGGACGAAGAAUGUGGAGCGCUCCUUUACCCCGAUGUGUUGCUGAGUGCGGUUCUUCAGUUAUAAAUAAUGAAGGGAUACUACUAUCACCAAACUACCCAAUGAACUAUGAAAACAACCACGAGUGCAUCUACAGCAUCCAGGUGCAAGCUGGAAAAGGCAUUAACAUUUCUGCCAGAACCUUUCAUCUCGCCCAGGGGGACAUUCUCAAGAUUCAUGACGGUAAAGACAACACAGCCCAGGUUCUCGGAGCGUUUACCGGCUCAUCGAUGUUGGGGUUGACACUGAUUUCCACAUCAAACCAUCUCUGGCUGGAAUUUUAUAGUGAUGCAGAAAGUACCGGAGAAGGAUUCAAAUUAGUCUACUCAAGUUUUGAGUUGUCUCAUUGUGAGGAUCCAGGCGUGCCGCAGUUUGGCUUCAAAGUCAGCGACCAGGGUCAUUUCUCUGGGAGCAGCAUUACAUACAGAUGUGAGCCUGGAUACACUUUACAUGGAGCUUCUGUGCUGAAGUGUAUGACGGGUGAAAGGAGAGCCUGGGAUAACCCGCUGCCUUCUUGUAUAGCGGAGUGUGGAGGACAAUUUAAAGGCGAGUCUUCAGGGCGGAUUCUCUCGCCUGGUUACCCAUUUCCCUAUGACAACAACCUUCGCUGCACCUGGACCAUUGACGUGGAUUCAGGAAACAUUGUGAGCCUUCAGUUUCUAGCCUUUGACACAGAAGCCAGCCAUGACAUGCUGAAGGUUUGGGAUGGGCCACCUGAGAAUGAAAUGCCUCUGGCAGAGCUCAGCGGAUCUUUGUUGCCAGAAGGAAUCCACUCUACUCUGAACACAGUGACGGUUCAGUUUGAGACUGACUUUUACAUCAGCAAGUCUGGAUUUGCCAUUCAGUUCUCAAGCUCAGUCGCUACAGCCUGUAGGGACCCAGGUGUACCAAUGAAUGGCAGCCGUAGUGGAGACGGCCGUGAGCCGGGGGAUUCGGUUUCUUUUCAGUGCGACCCCGGAUAUGAGCUCCAGGGGGAUGACAAAAUAACCUGCAUACAAGUGGAUAACCGAUACUACUGGCAGCCCAGUCCUCCUGUCUGUAUAGCUCCUUGUGGAGGAAACCUUACUGGCUCCAAUGGAUUUAUACUCUCCCCUAAUUACCCACAUCCCUACCCUCACUCCAAGGACUGUGACUGGCUCAUUGCUGUCAACUCUGACUAUGUCCUGUCACUUGCCUUUAUCAGCUUCAACAUUGAGCCAAACUACGACUUCCUGUACAUUUACGACGGCCCAGAUAGCAACAGUCCUCUUAUUGGCAGCUUCCAGGACAGCAAACUCCCUGAGCGGAUAGAAAGCAGCUCAAACACGAUGCUCUUAGCUUUCCGCAGUGAUGGCUCUGUCUCUUACACUGGUUUUCAUCUGGAAUACAAAGCCAAACUAAGAGAGUCCUGUUUUGACCCGGGGGUGGUUCUGAAUGGGACCAGGCUGGGAUCUGAUUAUAAACUGGGCUCUACAGUCACUUUCUAUUGUGAAGCAGGAUAUGUUUUACAGGGGUAUUCCACUCUAACUUGUAGCAUGGGAGAUGAUGGCAGACCCGGAUGGAACAGAGCUUUGCCAAGCUGUCAAGCUCCUUGUGGCAGUCGAUCCACAGGAUCAGAGGGAACUGUUUUGUCACCAAAUUUCCCCAGAAACUACACUUCUGGACAAACAUGCGUCUACUCGAUAUCAGUACCUAGAGAGUUUGUUCUCUUUGGCCAGUUUGUGUUGUUCCAGACGUCUCUUAAUGAUGUGGUGGAAAUAUAUGAUGGACCCAGCCAGCAGAACACAUUGUUGUCUUCUCUCUCUGGUUCCCAUUCUGGUGAAUCUCUUCCUCUGAGUUCAGGAAACCAGAUUACCAUCAAGUUUACAACCGUAGGACCUGAGACUUCAAAAGGAUUUCAUUUUGUCUACCAAGCUGUACCACGGACCAGCUCCACGCAGUGCAGUUCAGUCCCAGAGCCACGGUUUGGUAAACGACUGGGAAAUGACUUUGCAGUAGGUAACUUGGUGCAGUUCGAGUGCAACCCCGGUUACGUGCUGCACGGCUCCUCUGCCAUCCGCUGUGAAAGCGUACCUGACAACCUGGCACAGUGGAAUGACACCCUGCCGACAUGUGUUGUUCCCUGCGGCGGGGUCUUGACCUCCCGACGUGGGACCAUCCUAUCGCCAGGAUACCCAGAGCCGUAUGACAACAACCAGAACUGUGUGUGGAAAAUUUCUGUUCCAGAAGGGGCAGGAAUACAGAUACAGGUUGUAAGUUUUGCCACAGAGCAUAACUGGGACUCGUUGGAUUUCUACGAUGGUGCUGACAGCCAUGCACCACGACUGGGAAGCUAUUCUGGCACCACGAUCCCUCCUCUGCUGAAUAGCACGUCUAACAACCUUUAUCUGAGCUUUAGCUCCGAUAUCAGUGUCUCAGCUGCUGGAUUUCACCUGGAAUAUACAGCUAUUGGUCUUGAGUCAUGCCCAGAACCACAGACUCCAAACUAUGGGAUUAGACAUGGAGACCGAUUCAUGGUGGGCGAUGUUGUGCAGUUUUCAUGUGAACAGGGAUAUUCCCUUCAGGGCAAUGCCCACAUCACCUGCAUGCCUGGACCAGUCAGAAGGUGGAACUACCCCGUUCCCUUGUGCAUUGCUCAGUGUGGUGGGUCCAUGACAGAAGUAAAUGGAGUGAUUCUAAGUCCUGGUUACCCUGGAAACUAUCCCAGUGGAUUAGACUGCACAUGGACUGUCACUUUACCUGUUGGCUUUGGUAUUCAUCUCCAGUUUUUGAACCUCUCCACCGAAGCGAUCCACGAUUACUUAGAGAUUCGAAGUGGAACACUGGAGACCGGGAGUGUGAUUGACCGCUUCAGUGGGCCGAUCAUUCCAAAGCCUCUCUUCAGCACCACCCACCAAACCAGCUUUUCUUUCCACAGCGACUACUCACAAAACAAACCCGGGUUCCACAUCGUGUAUCAAGCCUAUCAGCUCCAGAGCUGCCCCGACCCUCGGCCAUUCCGAAACGGCAUCGUUAUCGGCACUGAUUUUAGCGUGGGCAUGACGGUGUCGUUUGAAUGCCUCCCUGGAUACUCUUUGAUUGGGGAAGCUUCCCUAACGUGUUUACAUGGGGUCAGCAGGAAUUGGAACCACGCACUUCCACGAUGCGAAGCUCUGUGUGGUGGAAACAUCACAUCACUUAAUGGAACCAUUUACUCCCCCGGACACCCUGAGGAAUAUCCAAACUUCCAAGACUGUGUGUGGAGCGUAAGAGUUCCUCCAGGACAUGGAAUUUACAUCAACUUCACUGUACUAAACACUGAGCCCAUAUAUGACUACAUAACUGUCUGGGAUGGUCCAGAUCAAUCAUCCCCUCAAAUUGGCCAGUUUAGCGGGAACACAGCUUUGGAGUCUGUCUACUCGACCUCCAACAUCAUCCUCAUCAAAUUCCACUCUGACUUCUCUGGAGCUGGCUUUUUUGUCCUUAGUUAUCAUGCCUACCAAUUAAGGGUUUGCCAGCCUCCUCCAGAAGUGCCCAACGCUGACAUCCUGAUGGAGGAUGGCGAACUGGAGAUAGGUGACAUCAUUCGCUAUAAAUGCCACCCUGGAUUUUCAUUGGUUGGCAGUGAAAUUCUAACCUGCCGCUUAGGAGAGAGACUACAGAUGGAUGCACCACCUCCAACAUGUCAAGUUCAAUGCCCUGCACACGAUGUGCGAUAUGACUCGUCGGGCGUCAUCCUGAGUCCUGGCUGGCCAGAAAGCUAUCCCAACCUCCAAAUGUGCUCCUGGAGCAUAACAGUAGAAAAAGGAUACAAUGUCACCAUAACCAUUGAGAGUUUCCACACUGAGAGAGAGUUUGACGUGCUGGAGAUCUUUGAUGGUCCCACUCCCAACAGCCCAACUCUGGCAACACUGAGCGGUGACCUGCCAACACCGUUCAACAUCACAACCUCCAGUCACCAGUUUUUGGUCCGCUGGUCUUCAGACCAUGGCACCAACAAGAAAGGCUUCAGAAUUCGCUAUGUUGGUGAGUACCAAACCAUGUACUGCUCCACCCCAGACUCCCCACUCCACGGCUCCAUUUCCUCCCAAAGUGGGGGUCACGUUAACAGCGUUGUGCGGUGGGCCUGCGACCGUGGUUAUCGUCUUAUAGGCAACGCCACAGGAACCUGCCGGCGUACACCACUGGGUUACCAUGCCUGGGACUCGUCUGUACCUGCAUGCCAAGCUGUCUCCUGUGGCCCACCCAAGGCUCCCAUAAACGGGGCUGUUCUAGCAUCUGACUACUCAGUAGGAACAAGAGUUUCCUAUUUUUGUAACGACGGCUACAGACUCUCUAGUAAAGAAGUGACGUCAGCCAUCUGUCAGCCGGAUGGAACAUGGAGCAACCACAAUAAGAUUCCAAGAUGUUCUGUUGUGGUAUGCCCAAGCAUCGGGUCAUUUUCCCUGGAGCACGGCCGCUGGAGGAUUGUCAAUGGCUCACAUUACGAGUAUAAAACUCGCAUUGUGUUUACCUGUGAUCCAGGGUACUACAGGUUAGGCCCUGCCCACAUCCAGUGCUUACCCAAUGGGAUUUGGAGCUGGAAGAACGAGAGGCCCCACUGCCAAGUCAUAUCCUGCGGUGAGCUGCCUUCUCUACCCAACGGGAAGAAGAUUGGUACUCAGACGACAUUUGGUGCUACAGCCAUUUUUACCUGCGAUCCCGGCUUCAUGCUGGUGGGCUCAGCUGUCCGAGAGUGCCUGUCAUCUGGGCUUUGGAGUGGAACAGAAACACGAUGUUUAGCUGGUCACUGUGGAAUCCCAGAAGGCAUUGUGAACGGCCAGGUGAUUGGGGAGAACUUUGGAUACCGUGACACAGUUGUGUAUCAAUGUCUGCCUGGAUUCCGUCUCAUAGGCUCAUCAGUUCGAAUUUGUCUCCAAGACAACCAGUGGUCUGGACAGCUGCCUAUAUGUAUACCAAUCAGCUGUGGCCAUCCAGGAAGUCCCAUAUAUGGCCGCACGGUGGGAAACGGCUACAACCUCAACAAUGUGGUCAGCUUUGUAUGUAAUCGGGGAUAUGAGAUGGAGGGGCCCGCACAUGCUCAAUGUCAGGCCAACCGCCAGUGGAACCACCCGCCUCCUACGUGUAAAGUGGUCAAUUGCUCUGACCCUGGCAUCCCAGCCAACUCCAUUCGACAGAGUAAAAUAGAACAUGGGAACUUUACCUUUGGCACAGUGGUUUUCUACGACUGUAACCCCGGGUAUUACCUGUUUGGAUCACCUGUACUGACCUGCCAACCUACCGGACAAUGGGAUAAACCCUUGCCAGAAUGUAUAGUUGUAGAUUGCGGUCAUCCUGGCUCCCCCCCUAACGGAGCGCUGAGUGGAGAUAAGUUUACUUUUGGUUCAACAGUUCGAUACUCCUGUCUGGGCGGGAGACAACUGAAGGGGGAAUCAUCCCGGACAUGUCAGCUCAAUGGGAUGUGGAGUUUUCCCAUGCCCUUCUGCUCCGGAGAUAUCGCCGGCUCUUGCGGUGAUCCUGGUAUUCCUGCUCAAGGUUCAAGGGAACAAACAGAUUUCAAGAUUCGCUCAAAAGUGCAUUUCACCUGCUCAGAAGGCUAUGAACUGAUUGGUUCCUCUGAGAGGAUGUGCUUCCCCAAUGGGACCUGGUCUGGAACACAGCCCUUCUGCAAACCUGUUCAGUGUGGUAAUCCUGGCACUCCAAGCAAUGGCAGAGUGUUUCGCCUGGAUGGAACAACUUUCUCUCACUCUGUAAUCUACUCCUGCAUGGACGGCUACAUCCUCACCGGUCCCACCACCCGGUUGUGCCAGGCCAAUGGGACGUGGUCGGGAGCACAGCCCAACUGCACCAUGAUAAACUGCGGGGAUCCUGGUGUGCCGGCCAAUGGUCUGCGUUAUGGAGAAGACUUUACUAUAGGCCAGAAUGUUACUUUCCAGUGCCAGCCAGGAUACAGGAUGGAGGAAGAUGGAUCACCUGUGAGGAUGUGUACCCAUAAUGGAACAUGGAGUGGAAGUAUGCCAAUUUGCACAGCGGUGACCUGCUUGUCUCCCCCUGCCAUCAGCAAUGGGGCACUGCAGGGCAGUGACUUUGAAUGGGGCAGCAGUGUGAGUUACAGUUGCUCACCUGGAUACGAGCUCUCCUUCCCCGCUGUCCUGACCUGUGUCUCUAAUGGAACUUGGAGUGGAAUGCUGCCACAGUGCUUACCAAAAUUUUGUGGGGACCCAGGUACUCCAGUUGGGGGUUCCAGAGAGGGCCGAAGUUUUAUCUACCAGUCAGAGGUGUCCUUCAGCUGUUCUCCGCCUUUAAUUCUGGUUGGCACAGCAACAAGACGUUGUGAAAGUGAUGGUACCUGGAGUGGAACACAACCACGUUGUAUCGAACCAACAAGAACAAGCUGUGAAAACCCAGGAACUCCACGCUAUGGCUCCUUAAAUCGGACAUUUGGUUUCAAGGUGGGGAGUAUUGUGUCAUUUCACUGCCAGCCCGGUCAUUUAAUUCAGGGAUCUUCCUCCAGAACCUGCCAACCCGACCUUACAUGGAGCGGAACUCAACCCGAAUGCAUACCUCAUGCUUGUAAGCAGCCAGAGAGCCCACUCCAUGUGGAUGUGGUGGGGAUGGAUCUGCCUGGGUUUGGCUACACCCUGGUUUACAGCUGUCAGCAUGGCUACUUCCUGGCAGGAGGCUCUGAACACAGGGUCUGCAAGAAUGAUGGCACUUGGACUGGAAAAAUGCCUGUGUGUCGAGCUGGAGAGAAGAAAAAACCUGUGAAACCGGUAAUAGGAACACCCAGCCCCAAACUAAAUGUUCCAGAUGAUGUCUUUGCUCCAAACUACAUAUGGAAGGGUUCUUAUAAUUACCGUGGGAGGAAGCAGCCAAUGACUCUGAGCAUCACAAGCUUCAACUCCACAACUGGCCGAGUCAACGUCACUCUCAGCAACGGCAACAUGGAGCUUCUCCUGUCAGGGGUGUAUAAAGCUUCUGAGGCCAGACUGUUGCUGCUGAUGUACCAAGUCAACUAUGUGAACCAGGGAAGUCAACUGAAAGAAUCAACCAUCUCACCAGCCAAGAUUAUAGAUGACUCCUGGACCAUGGAUGGAUUUGUAUCAGCAGAGCCUGAUGGUUUGAGUUAUGUGUUCCAAGGUUUCAUUCAGGGAAAAGACUAUGGACAGUUUGGUCUACAAAGACUUGGUCUGAAUAUGUCUGAGAGUCAAAACAUGCCACCCCCCCAGCUUGGAACCAACAGCAGCUCUGUGGCCAUUGCCAUUUUGGUGCCUUUCUUUGCUCUAAUUUUUACCGGCUUUGGCUUCUAUCUCUACAAACAAAGAACGACACCAAAAACACAGUACACCGGCUGUUCGGUCCAUGAAAACAACAAUGGACAGGCAGCCUUCGAGAACCCCAUGUACAACACCAAUGCUAAAGCGGUGGAGGGGAAAGCUGUCAGAUUUGAUCCAAAUCUCAACACUGUGUGCACCAUGGUCUGAGGAUGGGUUAUCCAUACCAGAAUUCCAUAACACAGUUACCUUUUGGGACCACGACUGGUACAGGGCCGUGAAGAGGAAACCGGUGACUCAAACUCCAACAUUACCAACAGUGCGGUCUCAGUGCCAAAGACCUCCUCUUUUGGUUCAGGAAAUCCUUCUGCAGAGAAAGGAACUAUCCAGCUGAAACCAAAAGCCAGCGUUGAUUCCCCCUAAAAAAGCAGCACUUUGAUUUGACAAUUGAAAGUAGAGGAUCGCUCCAGGGAAAAGUUGGAAAGAACAACAGUUAGGGUGUCAAACUGAGAAAACAUCUUUGCUCUGUGACCGAACAAUAACACUGCAAACUAAUAGCCACGUUCUGUGAGAUGGAGAACCUAAUGAAGAUUUUUGUACUUUAGGUUCUUCUUGUCUUUAGAAGAGCACAAAUGGUGGGCGCGGCAGUGAAUACGCAACAUGGAAUGCACAGAGUUCAAUUGUUUAUAGCAAAUUUUCCCACAAAGGCUUAGAUUUUCCCCCCCCCCAAGGAGACUGCAAUUCCCAGCAGUCACAGAAUGAGGAAGUCUAAAAUGAAGAUGUCAUGCAAGACACUGUGAAUCAAAAAAAACUUUUAUCCAGUUUAAAAACGGAAAGUUAGCAAAACUCUGGUUUACUUGCUAUCCAUAACGACUAUGGUAUAUAGCAUCAUAGCAACAAGGCAGGACAUUGCCCUGUCUCCAUGGCAACCACAGAUGGAAUUUACUAGUCUCUAGUCUUUCUAUACUUCAAUUGAAUCUAAGGAGGCUAAUGCUAGCAGAUAGUGGUAAAAGUUGAUUUGAAAAGAGACUAAAUCCUAAACUGGGGAUCUCUGGAGAUGCAGCUCUAAUCCCAACUGAGCUGGGAUUAGAGCAAAGCAAAACUACAAGGAUUCUAAAAGGAAGCUGGAGACUGAGUCAUCUGACGGAUAAACUGCCCAUCCAGUGGUAAAGACGGGAGGCUAACAAGACGGAGACAUCCCUCGACUGAACUACAAACAGAAAUGAGGAGGGUCAGGAAAGAACUUGAAUCCGUCAAACCUAAGGUUGUCCUUCCGACGGGUCAGCUGUUCAUCGUCUUAAUGAAUCAGAUCUGAGCAAAUAUGGCCUGGAGGACAGAUGUUCCAGACUUUAAAGAAUGAGGACAGAUGGACUAAAGACGAGUAAAAGACUGUGAAACAGAAAACUCUGGCACUAAAGCACAUUCUAGAGUGGCCCGAGCUCUCAACACAUGGAGAGGUGGGCCAAAGCUGGGAUCAAAACGUUGUUGAGAAAGAACGUAUGGGUUCAAACAUUUAGAAGAUGAUGACAAAAACCAUUUCUUCUUCUAAAAAAAAAAAAGCAGGUAUUCAUGUUGAUAAACGUCGAAGAGGACAGUGUCUACUGGAUGACAAACAGGGUUGUUGCCCUCUAAAGGUGGACGAAGUUCCACUGUGAUUCUGCACUCUGAGAGUGCUUAUCUUCUUUCUUUCUUACUGCUGCAGAAUCUUCUGAUCUGUAAAUCUAUUGCAUAUAUAUUCGGGAGCAUUCAUCAUACCUAUAUUUUUGUGCUAUAUAUUGAUCACAAGGGAGGGGCUGAAGGGGGAAAACAGAUUUUAGCAGAGUUUUUAGAAAAACAAAAACAAAAGAAAAUAUCAAUUUAAAACUCAUCACAACUUUGUGCUUUUCAGAGAAGUCACAAGUAAUUGGUUGAUUUUGAUUUCAUUGUAUGACCUGGAGUUCAUCCCACUAUUUCCAUUUUGAAUGAAGCAAUUAUGAGUGUUAAUUAUAUUGAUGUAGUUAUUACAGUUGAGAUGCAAGGUUUGCCAGUGACAGUCAGGCUCCCUGAGCUGAAUGUUUGUCUCAUAUUUAUCCCAGAUGGCAGAUCUCUCAAACCCUAAAUUAGUAGUGUGCUUUGUUCCUUUGGUUGCUGUCUUUCAUUUCUUUCACUGGGAGUUAAAGUCAUCCAUUACGGCAUCACUGUGACACAGUCAUACAUUCAACCAUCUGCUGUAGUAACAGCAGUGUUUUCCAAGCCAGUGCGGAUUGUGAAAUCCGGGCACAGACGAUUACACAUCACACUCCGCGUUAAUGUUGCAUUUUAUCGACGGUUCAAAGAUGUCAGCAAACCAUAGCGGCACAGAAACACCGCCUGAUUACGGAUGAAUGGAGGCUCAAUCUCAUCAUCACGGGGUUAAAGUAACAUUAAUUACAGUAACGGUACGAACUGCUGGUGAGGUGUGUGCUUUGUAGCCCAUUGACGAUUGUGUUGUCAUUGUGUUGAUUUAAUGUUUGUGUUUUCAGGAGCAUGUCUUUUUCAGGGACAGAAGGGAAAGUUCUUAUCUAAAAUGUUAUCUAUACGAUUAGAUGUUUCCAUAGGAACUGAUGUUAAAAGGAACCUCUGAACCUGUGGCCAGAAGGAUAAACAAGGUGAAGUAAACUUGCUUUCAUAAAAUACUUGAGUUUGAAAAGAUUUAGGGAAACAAUUGGUUACACAAAUUGGUUUACAAUUGGUUACAUAUAUAUACAUAUAUAUAUAUGUGUGUGUGUGUCCUCGUGUUCAAAACAGGAAAUACCUGCUGGUUCCAAAAACCCAGAAAAUUCUCAUUGACUUCUAUUGAGACAUAAACAGCUAUAUUAGUCAGAAUAACCAUUCUUAUUCUGCUACCCUUUUAUAACAUAUUCUUGCUAAUCCUGAUAAUUUUUACGGUAGGUUUUUUUAAGGUUUUAGGUUAAUCAAGUUAUAAACUGAGCAAUCAAUAAGAUGCCUUGAUAAAAGUAUGUGAUCUCACCAGCUCUUAUACAGUCAACGGUUGUAAAGCCAAAAGAAAAAAAACAUUUUUUUCUUCAAAUUUUUUUUUCUUCUUGGAGUGGCAACCAAGUGCAAAAUUGAUGGAGAAAAUUAUCAAAGAAAGGUUGGUGCAAAGGCUACUGUAAAAUAUUUAUAACAUAAAUCGGCAUAAAAAAGUUACAUAAAGGCUAAAAGGAGAAAGCAGUUCCAUCAUCUCAAUUAGGAAAGCCUAAUUGAAAUCCAAAUCACCCAAAAAAGUGUGGUUUUUAAAUCUUUCACUAAAUCGAUCAAAUAAAACACACAAAACAUCACUGCACACAGUCAAAGGAGGAAAUGCAUACAUCCAUUACACAGUGCACUUCCAUAAAUAUCAGCUUGCUCAAAGUACAUAAGUUUUAAUGAGUGCACAUUGAUUAUCCAUCUGGCCCUCGGGUUUUAUUUUGCAUUACAUCCAGUUUUUAUUUCCCUGUGCUCCGAAGAGCCGCUGAGCCUCACAAGUUCCAGUGUUUACUCCUUUUGUAAAUUAGAGCAGUAUUCAAAAAGCUAGGAUAGAUAACUGAGGGCUGUUUUUGAGAAAAAUCUAGAAAUUUCAACAAUCAAUUAACAAAUAUGUGGAAAAAAGGUGGAUAUAUCUAAGACAUUUGGGAAGGGCAUUUGGAAAAGAAACCCUAAUGCUACCUGAGAUUAAACAGACAUAAAUGCAAAGCUGUGGCAUAAAAAAGUAAACAGAGAAAAAAAAAAGUUUUUUUUUUCUUUUCUUAAAUUGGGCUUUGUGGUCAGUAUGUAGGGUCUUAGAAUGUAGCAUUAUUUACAUUGAUAUAAAAUGCUGCCCACAUACAGUAACAGUAACACUGAACAGCCACUUACAUGCUUUGUAACUAUAUUACUUAGCAACAGUGGGCCAAGGGUCCUAAAGCCUUGAGUCCUUUUUUUUUAGGACUAGCCUUGUAGUGACCAUGGGCUGCUACUAAGUGGCCCAAAAUGUCUUUUUAGAUGAUUGCUGGCUUCUACGAUGGAGUUUUAGGGCCACCGUAAAUAAAAACAUACAUGCGGUCUAUAAGAAUAAAGUCAUGAAGUAUGAGAAAAAAGUCAUAAAACAUUGAGAGAAAAAAAUGUAGUUUUAUGAGAAAAAAGGUGUAAAAUUAUGGGGAGAGAAUGAUUUUUUUUUG